AUGACUCUCUCCGUUCACCCCGCAACCGCCGAGGACAUUCCUCGCAUCCUCGAUAUUCAAUCUGCCUCUCUCAAACAAAGUGGAUUCUUCCGCGCCUGCGGUGAAAUCAGCAACCCGGGCGGUUUUCAAGCUCAUGAUCAAAAAUAUCCCGAGCCGCUACGUCGAGAACUUCAGACGAAGCGUUUCAUUUAUCUUAUGCAAAAUGACCCAGGAUUCCACCUACUCAAAUGCGUUGAUGAUGAGACAGGCGAGAUCUUGGCUUUUGCAAAGUGGAAUAUCUACGUUGGCGGGCCUGAGGCACUGGAGAGAUGGAGGGAGCAGGUGAAGACUGGUGAAGAUAUGAUUGUUCCAGAGGGGGCGAAUGUCGAGGGCUAUAGGUAUUGCAUGGGGAAACUGUUUGAGAACCGGAAACUGUUCUUUGGUGAAGAAGGGAGGGAGAAUUGCGUGCUUGCACUGCUGGCUACUGAUCCGGCGCACGAACGGCGUGGUGCAGGAACACUGCUGAAGCAUAUCUGGAGGCAUCGCAGAAGGGGUAUCCCGUUUAUGCACGGCGAGGUUUCGAGGUGA